CUCAAUUCCCCCAACCCGGUCACACCUGGUUAUCAGCGGAAAUACGCGAACCCUCAAAUCCAUUCCCGCUACCUUCCAUCCCAAAUCGGAAAGGUUCGAAGCGCGAAAUGCGAACGAGAAACCAAGCUAAGCGUCAUGAAGAAUACACCAGCGGCACGGGCGUUUCAAAGGAGCAAGCGGGGCAGGGAGGCUUGGCUGGAUCUCUCCAUGGCGAAGGUUCUAUCAGUGCCGUCUCAGAGGAGGCUGUGGGAAGGCUCCUUAUGAGGGCGAACUCUCGGAAACUCGGGCGCCCUCGUUCAGAAAGUCAUUAUACUUCCUGGGAAGCUAGGGACAAGAUGGCAGAAUUGGGUAAUGGUAAAAGAAAGGCUGAUGAGGAGCUUACACCUUUGUCCAGUGUAUUGGAUACUACUGAUGAUGCAGAGGAUACCAUUUUGAUGAAAGAAAAACAUUUUGAGAAAAAUGUUCAUUAUGAUGCAAAUGAAUUGGAUUGGGAAGAGGGAAUGAUUCCUCCUUCUGAAUCAGGAAAUGGAUAUUCUCAUGAACUCGGAAAGGAGGUCACUAUUGAAUUCUCUGAGUCACCUUCUACUAAACAGAGGCCUUCUCGGAGGUUUUCUGUUGAAGAUAAGGAAUUAGCCGAAAUUGUGCACAAGGUUCAUCUGCUGUGUCUAAUUGCUCGUUGUAGGUUGGUUGACAGUGCCUGCAAUGAUCGUCUUAUUCAGGCUUCAUUGCUUUCGCUUCUACCAUUGAACUUGUUGGAAAAAGUAGAAGUUUCACGAUUUACUGCUAAUGAGUUGAAGCCUCUUGUAGAUUGGUUCCAUUAUAAUUUUCGUCUUAAAAGUGAAAGUGUUGACCGGGGAUGCUUUAAAUCAAAUCUUGCGUCUGCCUUGGAGACUCAUGAGGGGACAAGUGAAGAGAUUGCUGCUCUAUCAGUGGCGUUUUUCAGAGCUCUCAACCUAACUACUAGGUUUGUCUCAAAUUUGGAUGUGGUUUCUCUCAAGCCGGAUGUUGACAUGCCUGGAAAUUCAAGCUUUAAUACGACUCAUUUGAAUACAAAGAUAUCCUCUUCUCUUAGUUCUGAUUCAAGUCCUAAAUUCCAUACUCUAGACCGUGCUCAUUUAUCCGAUUCCAGAGAUGAAGCCAUGCACCCUAAUACUACAAAUAGUAGCAGGCUCCCCAAGAUAGGAAACAACACAACCUGUAAUAAGAAAGUCCGCAGAGGCUUAAUUGCUUCGAUUAGCUUAGCAGAUGAAAAACAUGUUUCAACAAGCCAGGCAGGUGCUGAGAAUUUAGGUUCUUAUAAUGAAGGAUCAAAAAGAAAAGGAGAUCUAGAAUUUGAAUUGCAGAUGGCAAUGGCUCUCUCAGCUACUGCAACAACAACAACAAAAAGCCUGGAUAUGGAUGACUUACAUAACUCAUCAACUUCCAGUUCUCCGAUGAAGAAAGUGAGGAUUGCAAAGACCGGAGAAUCAUUGUUUUCAACUAGUCAUAGCUCGGGUGGUGUUUGGUCAAGAAAAAAUGGACCUCCCUUAUAUUGGGCAGAAGUUUACUGUAGUGGUGAAACAGGGAAUGGAAGAUGGGUGCAUGUUGAUGCUGCUAAUUAUUUAGUUGAUGGAGAGGAGAACGUAGAGCCUGCUUCUGCUGUUUGUAAGAAGCCAAUUAGAUAUGUGGUUGCUUUUGCUGGUAAUGGUGCUAAAGAUGUGACUCGAAGGUAUUGCAAGCAGUGGUAUAGGAUUGCCCCUCAACGAAUCGAUCCACGUUGGUGGGAUGCAGUUUUGGCACCCCUGAAGGAGCUGGAAUCAGGUGAAACAGGAGGUAUAGUUUAUUUGGAAGAAUUUCAGGAAAAUGUUUCUUAUGCUAUGAAAGGGAGUUCUGAAGCUAAUGCUAAGAAGCCACAGAUCAGCAAAACAUCUGAAGGAUCUACUUCUAAGCAAAUUAUAGUUUCAAAGGAUAUUCAAAGUGCACUUAAAAAGCCAGAUAUUUCCACUAGAAAUUCUCUCGAGGACAUGGAACUCGAAACUAGGACGCUAACGGAGCCUCUUCCAACCAAUCAACUGGCAUAUAAAAGUCACCACCUUUAUGCGAUUGAAAAAUGGCUUACCAAGUAUCAAAAGCUCCAUCCGAUGGGUCCCAUCGUUGGUUAUUGCUCCGGUCAUCCCGUGUAUCCCAGAUCCUGUGUUCAGACGGUGCAGACACGGCAAAAAUGGUUACGCGAGGGACUACAAAUUCGAGAAAAUGAAAUUCCAGCUAAGGUGAUAAAGCGCUCAAAGAAGAUAGAAAAUGAUGAAAUAUCUGAUACUGGUUUUGCUGAAGAAGAUGGAAAAAAGAGCAUUGAACUGUUUGGCAGGUGGCAAGUGGAACCGUUGCAGCUUCCACAUGCUGUAAAUGGAGUCGUACCCAAAAACGAGUAUGGCCGGGUGGAUGUAUGGUCUGAGAAGUGCCUCCCACAUGGCACAGUGCAUUUGCGGCUACCCAGAUUGGCCUCUGUAGCACGAAGGCUCGAAAUUGAUUUUGCAAGUGCCAUGGUUGGCUUCGAAUUCCGCAAUGGCCGAUCCUAUCCUGUUUACGAAGGAAUUGUUGUUUGUACGGAGUUUAGAGAUGCUAUCAUGGAGGCAUACGCAGAGGAGGAAGAGAUGAGAGAAGCGGAACAGAAAAGGAAGAACGAGGCAGAUGCUCUUUCAAGGUGGUUUCAGUUACUCUCAUCCAUCAUUACGAGGCAACGGUUAGAGAGUUCUUAUGCCUAUUCCAUCACUGUGAACUCAAAUGAUCCUCCCAUUCCGCACCGUCGUGAUGGAGGUCCAAGUUUGGAGGGAGAAAUUCAAGGAGAUAAUAUUGAAGUUAUUCGUUCACCUUAUGAAGGCCAUGAGCAUGAGCAUGUUUUCACAUUGGAGAGUCAGAGUCUGGGUGAGGAGAGUUUGGUUCUGACGAAGCGGUGCCCUUGCGGCUUCUCCAUUCAAGUGGAGGAGUUGUAGUACUAUACAAAUUGGUAUGUGAUCUGGUUUUAGGAUGGUUUACAUAUGUAACUCUCUGUUCUCAUGUAUUUACAUAUCUAACACCUAAACUUCAGUUUUUACACAUAUGCCACUUUACCUCUACAUGAAUGCGUAUUUCACUUUUUAAAAGUUAAAAUAAUAGUAGUUUUGAUGUGAUAUCAAAGAUUUGG